UUCUUCUUCUUCUUCUCCUCCUUCUUGUUCCGUAAAUUAUUCCGCUAAUUUCCGGGCUUUUUAUUUAAUUAUUAUUAUUCUUUUUUGUAAUUUUGUUGUUGAUGGUUGAUUGUUGAUCCAUAAACAUCCAUUCUUGGGAAAAUUUCAGAUUUUAAUUCCGAGAGAGAAACCUAAAUCAACGCUGCAGGGCUUUCAACUGUCUGUCAGAUGCGCUGUUGAUGAUCGUUGGAUUUCCCUCGUGAAUAGCGCCUCUCCUUCCUUCUCAUCCCAAUUUCCCUUCUUCGCUCUGCCGGGAAACACAGAAAAGAAAGAUUCUUGUUAGGUUCGUGAAACUGCAAGCUCCCUGUUAGGGUUUUGCGCCGUGCUGCUGCAUUGCUGGUGGAGUUGCUCUAACGAUCGGGGAGAUCGAAGUUGGGAGGGUGAGGGUUUCCGCGUUCUUGAUUUUCGGUAAAGAAAGGAGCUCAGAUGUCUGGUCCGCUCGAUCGGUUCGCAAGGCCUUGCUUUGAGGGGUCUUCAGGCGGAGAUGAAAGGAGAGAGGAGAGGAGGGAGAGGAAAUCUGAUUUCGAGAACUCUGAGGAUGAGAGGAGAACCAGGAUUGGAUCGCUGAAGAAGAAGGCCAUUAAUGCAUCUACCAAGUUCAAGCAUUCCCUCAAGAAAAAGAGUAGUAGGAGGAAGAGUGAUGGCCGGGUUAGCUCUGUUUCCAUUGAAGAUGUUCGAGACCUCGAGGAACUGCAGGCCGUUGAUGCGUUUCGCCAGUCGCUGAUCAUGGACGAGUUACUUCCCGAAAGACAUGACGACUACUACAUGAUGUUGAGGUUCUUGAAAGCACGGAAAUUUGACGUUGAAAAAGCAAAGCACAUGUGGUCUGAUAUGCUUCAAUGGAGGAAGGAAUUUGGCACUGAUACUAUCACGGAGGAGUUUGAGUUUCAAGAGAUAAAUGAAGUUUUGAAGUAUUACCCACAUUUCUACCACGGUGUGGAUAAAGAUGGAAGACCUAUUUAUAUGGAAAGAUUGGGAAAAGUUGAUCCCCACAAACUAAUGCAAGUGACAGAUCUUGACCGCUAUGUGAAAUACCAUGUGCGUGAGUUUGAGAAAAGCUUUCUGGUCAAGUUUCCAGCAUGCAGCAUUGCUGCAAAGAAGCACAUAGAUUCAAGCACCACAAUUUUAGAUGUUCAAGGAGUGGGACUAAAGAACUUUACCAAGUCUGCUCGGGAACUUGUCAUGAGGCUGCAGAAGAUUGAUGGUGACAAUUACCCGGAGACUCUGCAUGAAAUGUACAUCAUCAAUGCUGGUGCUGGAUUUCGGCUCCUCUGGAAUACUAUAAAAUCAUUUUUAGAUCCUAGAACCACCUCCAAGAUUCAUGUUCUUGGAAACAAGUUCCAGGGUAAAUUGCUGGAGGUAAUUGAUGCCAGUGAAUUGCCGGAAUUCUUGGGCGGUACUUGUACCUGUGCAGAUCAGGGAGGUUGUCUUCGUUCUGAUAAAGGGCCAUGGAGAAAUCCUGAUAUACUGAAGAUUGUUCUUAAUGGCGGAGCAAGGCGCUCCAGGCAAGUUGUAAGAAUUCUGAACAAUGAGGGAAAGGUCAUUACCUAUGCGAAGCCUCCUCAUUACCCGACGGUAAGAGGUAGUGAUUCAUCUGCUGCCGAAUCAGGGUCUGAAGCUGAAGAAAUUGCUUCCCCCAAGGCACUUAAGGCCUACUCACAUCUGCGCCUGACACCCGUCCGUGAAGAAGCUAAGAUAAUGGGGAAGGCCACUCACCCUAUUAGCUUUCCUGGGUAUGAUGAGUAUAUUCCCAUGGUGGACAAAGCAGUUGACUCUACUUGGAAUAAGCAAGCAGCAAUCCAGAAGCUUGCAAUGUCUAAAGGUACGCCAACUGUUGCAGAAACCCCAAAGACUGCAGGGGCUAUACAUGUUCGGCUUUGGCUAGCGGUCCUGGCUUUCCUCAUGACUGUUCUAACUCUUGUCCGUUCACUGCCGUCUCUCUUUAGCAAGACAGGUUCAGAGAUGCUCUCUGAACAUGAUCGAGUUUCAGCUGUGAUUGCUAUUAAUACACCAGAGAAAGAGCUAAAUCGCCCACCCUCACCAACUGCUUCCUACACAGAAGCCGACAUGCUUACUUCUGUGUUGAAAAGGUUGGGUGAACUGGAGGAAAAGGUCGACACACUUCAAGCAAAGCCGUCUGAGAUGCCUUAUGAGAAAGCGGAGUUGCUCAAUGCUGCUGUCUGUCGUGUGGAUGCUUUGGAAGCUGAACUUAUUGCAACUAAGAAGGCUCUGCAUGAAGCGCUUAUGAGGCAAGAAGAACUGCUUGCUUAUAUUGAUAGUCAAGAAGAAGAGAAAUAUCGGCAGAAGAGCAAGAUGUUCUGCUUUUGAGAGUUGGACAAUGGAGAGAAGUGGAAGCCUGGGCAAGGUCUUUUGGAUGUGAGUUACUACCCCAUGAAAUCUAUGCCUCUACUAUUUGAUAGAUAACUGAGUGAAAUGAUGUAAAAUCUCGGCAGCUAUUGGAUGGUAUAAUGAGAUGUAAACUACUCCUAUCUACAAACAAGUAUGCGAAAGCAUUGAGCGAACUGACUCUCUGUAAGAAUUGUGAAGAAAAAAAUUUAACUGCUAGACAGACAUGAAAAGGCUGUGUUCAGUUUCACUUCUCCCAU